CUCUUCAGGGUCUGGGCAGUUUCCCACUGGUCUAUCCCCCAGCUGCUGGAGAGGACGAUGGGGACCCAAGUGCAGGGUUUGCAGGGGACGCUGUUUGUCACCGGUGGUUUCCUGCCCUGGAAUUCAGACAGAUCACUCACCGCCGGGCUGUAAAACCAGCAGGAGCAAGAGAAGGGAAGGCUGCAGAGCCCCCUCCAUCCUGGCAGCGAGGGGCAGGCAGAGCAGGCGGCCGUCAGGCCGUAUAACGGGUGUCUGGACCGAACAGACCCAGAGCUGGAGUGGGUUGGCCGGCAGGGUCUGGCUGAGUGGCUGCAGAGAAAUGACCUGCCCCACAGCUCUACAACUUCCCCCACGAGACGCUCUUUCCUUUUGUGGUGCAGUAACUCAGUGACUGUGUGGCCUGAAGCCAAGGCGCAGAUGAGUGGAGUGGAAGAUGAACUUUCACGUGUAGACAAUCCUAAAAAAGACUGUAAUCCUCAAUGCUCACCAAACACAGAGACACAGAACUUUGUAACGUCAUCAUGGCCUGAUCCACUGUCAAUGUAGAGGAAAUAGAAGCUGCUGAAUGACUCCUUAAAAGGACUAAUCAGCAGUGAGAGAUCCUCUGGGUGAAAGCGACUCUGCUGGUGAAGCGAGAGUUUGGCUCACGGCGGAGAAACCACACGGAGCAGAGGAAGUUGUUGACUGACCGCCUCGAAGGAGUCUCUUUUCGCUGUCAGAAAUUCGCCUCCACUAUCAUCUCGGGGUGUCAAGAGCAGGGAGGGGGACAUGAAAUAUUCCAGCUUUUAACAGCAACCGGUGCAGCUGAUUCUCUCUUCUGGAACCAGAUCAUGAGGAUCUCCUUGUGCCUGCUGCUUUUCUCUGUGGUACAUGGUGGAGAUUGUAAAGAAAUGGAAGUGGCUGCAGUUGCAGAGGAAUCCAUCCAGUUACAGCCAGUGAAAUUGCCGGAGCCUUGGACAGAGAUCAUCUGGAAGGUCACACUAGACUCAGCAGAGAUGUAUCGGAUUGUAACAUUUAAUAAAGGGGAACCCCCUGACCUUGGGUCAUCCCCACAUUUUAUCAGCAGAGUCACUUUCCACCCUGAGAAUCUCUCACUGCAGAUUGAUCCCGUUAAGAAGUCAGACAGUGGCCUCUAUACCUUGGUCGCUGGCAUUGGAGGAGGCCGUGUCGACAACACAAAGUUCCGUGUCUCUGUGUUUGACCGAGUGCGACAGCCAAACCUCACGGUGCUCUCUGCCCACCUGGAGCUUGGCCAGUGCAACGCUACCCUGUCCUGCUCCGUGCCUGGCGCUGACAGAGUCACCUACAGCUGGUCCCGAGGCACGUCCCGGAUCCCGUCUGACAGGGACCAUCAGCUCCCUGGGAACCGAUCCCUGCUGCAUGUAGUGAUUAAUGCAGACAGCAGUGACGUCUUCUACCGAUGUAAAGCUAGUAACCAAGCCAGCUGGGAUGCAGACACUGUAGAUGUCAAAUCAUUGUGUGACUUCCCAGCCACAGUGGGACUGUUUCAAAAGUAUCUGUGGGAAAUUGUUGCUGCAGGGCUGGGGCUGCUGCUUCUGCUCACAGCGCUCACCCUCAUCUUCCUCUGCAAACAUCGGAAGAAGCGAAGCUCCUCCAAAGACAGUGAUCCGCCCCUCACCAUCUACGAGGAAGUGGAGGACUCCCGCCCCAGAAGAAACGCUAAUGGAAAUGCCCAGAGCAGAAUUGUAGGAAACACCAUCUAUGCUGAGAUCAACUCCAACCCGCAGGUAGCAGACUUCACGGUGUACGCGGCUGUCCAGAGGCCUCCUUCUGUCAAGAGGAAGAAAAUCAACCCAUCCUUCAUCUCGACCAUCUACUCGGAGGUUCAAGAAGCCCCUUCCAGACCCAGGCGUCCUCAAAUGCAGCACCCAUCUUCACCUAAUCCUGGGCAUCUGUAUUCCUAGCUUCUGCAGCCCCUCACUGCAGGACACCACCUUCCUUUCUUUAAAGGCCUUUUCCCUGUGGAGGGAGCUCCUUGCUGAUGGACAGACCUCCACCUGUGCAGAUAAGCACAGCUUUGAUCUGAGCUGUUUGGAUGCACAGGACUUGGGCUUCUUCCUCCUUGCGCUCAGAAUGGAAUUAUCACAAUAACAGGAUCUUCAUUCAUAUCGUACAGUCCCAGACCAAACCGUGAAGGUUUUUUGAAAACAAAUACACAGAGGGAGCAGAGAGCAGAUACCUGAACUUUUCUUUCAUUGGGAAAGGUGUUUGAGAAGGUUUGAUGUGGCAAGAUGGUUGGUUUGGGGGUAUUUUUUGUUAAUUUGAACUGUUUCAAUACUUCUGUGCAGUUUGCAUGCAAUAUAUAUAUAUAUAUAUAUAUAUAGAGAGAGAGAUUUAACUGCAUAAGCAAUGGGUAUUGUGGGUUUAUUAGCCUAAUAGCUUAUUUAUAGCUUUAAAAUACAGCUAAGCAGGACAGAUGUAGGAUGUAACUCACCCUAAUGCUAGUGUAAAUCAGGAGUAACUCCACUGAAGUCAGCUAGGGCAGAUACUCUGUUGGUGUAAAUCAAUUGUUACCCUGGUUUUACAGAGCUGUAACUUGUAAGUGGGAGGAGAUUCAGCCCCUACUCUUCAGGGAGGUGUCUAGGGGACAGGGAAUGGCACUGGAAUUUGAGGUUAAAAGUUUUGGUGACUGAGUCGCAUAAGAGCGGAGACCCAGGUCUCGCAUCGCCCCUGGUAAGGAAGAAGAUGACUAUUAAUAAUUGUUUUAUUUUACACAAGACUAAUACAAGUGGAUACCAUCAGGUGCAAUUUAGGCAGAAAUUGUUUUGUUUUUAAAAAAAGGCGUUUUACAAAACCAAAGAUCAAUAGAAACGUAUCAAGAUUGUUUUGAAAAAAAAUCUAUUUGAAAUUUAUUUUAAAAAAACCUCCUCGAUCUUACACUACAAUAGUUUGAGCUCAGUGUCCUGUUAGAGUGAGCAAGGGUCAAACCAACUAGAAACAAAGGUGAAACUGACCAGCCAGGUUUUUCCUGGCUGAGAGAAAUGCAAACCAGCGGAAUAGAGAGACUCAAGAGGAAGUUUUGAACCUUCCCAUGACUUGCAUCAACUUGGUGGAAAAGGCAAGGAAACUUGUGUUUAAAAGCAGGGACGGCUCUACAAAUUCCGCCGCCCCAAGCAGGGUGGCGCGCUGCGCUGCUUGCGCUCCCGGGCGCCGGUCCCACGGCUCUGGUGGACCUCCCGCAGGCAUGACUGCGGAAGGUCCGCCGGAGCCGCCUGCCGGCAAAAGGCCGCUCCAAGCACGUGCUUGGCGUGCUGGGGUCUAGAGCCGGCCCUGUUUAAAAGUAGAGCAAGAGGUGGGAAGGAUAGUCCAGUGGGUAGGGCACUGCCACAGCUUCCAGUGUGACCUUUGUGCAAGUUCUUUAGUCUCUCUCUUUGCUCCCAUUUCGCACAAAUACAAUGGGGAUAACAGCACCACCUGCCCGGGCACGUGUGUGAGGCUAUAGCAAAGAUUGUGAGGUGCCCAGAACUGUGAUUGGGGAGGGAGGGGUCAUGUAAGCGCCUAAGAUAAAAGCUAAGCUCAGUUGGUGAGGGGGCAUCCCACAGGGAGAGUCUGACACCAGUGACUGUGAACCACAUUUAUUGGCUUCCUGUGGGCAAAGGAGGAGGGUGGGCUCAGGGUUUCAUUUCUGCUCUGCCCCAGAUUCUGUGUGACCUUGGCUAAGUCUGCCUGUGUCUCGGUUCCCCGUUGAUGAGAAGUUAGGGUUUCCUUAACUCACAGGGGGCAAUGCAAUGGACUGUGAGAUGCUCCGAGUCCUGUGCAAGGAGCCUUAUGAACACAUAGCAGAGAGGUGUUCAGAGCAUCACCUUUGAAGCCCCAGAGGGCCUUAGACCCAACUACCUCCCCUCCCCCGCCCUCUUCCCCAUGACACUGUCACAGGAAGCACUUGAGUUUGGUUUUACAGAGCUGGGGAGGCUAAUGGAAUUGCUGUUCCCAGAGGGGUCAAUGGAUGUUUAGAAUCUGGCUGCCCCACCUACUCUGAAGUCAGCUGCUGAUCUCCAGAAUACGUGGGCUUUGCAGCAUCCCUGGGCAGGGGCGUGGGGUGGGCCAAGGAGUGAUGGGCUCGGGGUUUCCAUGGGGAUGUUUUUGUUUAUGUAUGUCUUUGAAGGCUCUAUUUUUUGCGCUGGGUGGGAUUUGGCUGCUGUCAGUGCCGUAGGUCGUGUUCUUAGGCAGAGGUCAGAGGCAGAAAUGAGAGCCGGGGGCGCUCGCUUUGCAAACCUCCCCCACAUAACCGUUUGCCAGAGCAGGGACUGGCACCGUGUUUGUGUUUUACAAUAAAUGUCCUACAAUGUGAUGGACAUUCCUUCUCCACUUCAACGGGUGAUCACUUCACACUGGGGUGGGGGAUUGUGCAUCUGAGGUGACCCCCUCUGUCUUUUGAGAACAUGGAGCACCCCCUGAAAGUCCUGACUGGGCACCUGCCCCGAUCUUCUCCCUACUCUCUGGGGUGCCCCAGGGACAUGACCCAACCGCUCAAUCCCCUCAGUUGAAUCCCACCAUGGUCCCCCCAAUGGCUAUAGGGGAAGUUUACUCCUAGGCCCUUGGUCCUGCAUGGAGUGGGUCUCCGUGCUGCGGGGCCCCUCUGGGUCCUCUGCUGGCCAUCCUGCUGCAACAUUGGUCCCCUGUGAGUGUCAAUGCAUUUAACCCUCCAUGCCCAAUGCCUGUGAUAGAGGCAGCUCCCAGGCUGCUCUCUGCUCCAAGCUAGCUCUGCUGGUUUCAGCACCUACUUCUCUGAUUCCCCUGGGCCUCUGCUAGCCCUGCCACUCCCCUGCUCUCCCUUCCUCGCCUCCCAGCAUCCCACCCCCCAGGGACGAGACCGUAGCCCAGCACAGGGACUGAUGGGCCGGAGAGCCCAUGAGGGGUCGUCUGCUGCAGCCCGGCCGAGGACACAGCCGCUGGGAGGAGAACGCCGAGUGAAGCAGGCAGCUGCUCCGACAAAGACACCGAGGACCUGAGGCCGCUACCCACAGGUGAGCAGGUCGGGCUCCAACCAUCAAAUAGCCACAGGAAGCCAGGGCAGGUGACAGCAGUGCGCACUGCAGGGGGACGCAGCCAGGUCGUGAGGGAGCUGCAGACUCGGGAGCGGUGGAGUCGCUGCAAACAGCUGGCACAGCUGGACUGCAGGGCCACGGACGGGACCAGGAGUGGGUAAAAGAGCCUCAGCCACAGCUGGACUGGCCUAGGAGGGUUGGAAAUGAGCCACGUGAGCAAAACAGAGGAGCAACAGACUGCCACCCAACAGAAUGACGGCAGCAAGAGAGGGGAAGCAAGUGCCCCACCAACCGCAGUAACGCUUGCAAGUGGGAGACGGGGUCAAAGGCCAGCGCACUUGAAUGACUAGGGGGCCUAACAGAUUACAAUGGGCUGGUGGUACACACCAUGUCCCUGCAGUGGGCUAUGUACCAAUAAUCUCUGGCCCCAGCAAGUCCACAAACACUGGCACAAAGGACACAACAGUGGCAAAAAUUGUUGCAAGGAAAGAUGUAGCAACUGGCACGGAACUUGGCGGGAGGAGCACAUGCCAUUGGAGGGAAGAGUUUGGAGGAGGCACUCGAAGUCAGUCCAUGUGCACAGG